AUGGAGCGCGCAAGAAAGAGAGAGCUCCGAGAUCUAAACGCGCUCGUUUGGGCGGGAGAGACAGAUGUCUUUGAAGUUAGCAAAUCUCUAGAUUCUUCGCUGAAGAAGAAUACGGCCUUUAUCAAACGACUUCGCACAGGAAUCACUGCUGCAGGCCUUCCUACUUUUAUAACCGAUGUUCGCUCGCUUUCGCUCCAUAAAUACCUCUCAGAAAUCAUAUCGGCUUUUUAUGAGGGUCUCUGCAAGCUCAAGACGCCAGGAGAAAUCGCCGCUGGUGUGGAAAUUGCCAGCGCAAUCCACCAGCGUUUUGGCCCGGAUGAGUUUACCAAACGACUGGCCUGGAACUUGGGCCGCGGUCUUACCUCACCAGAUAAAGCACAGCUCAAAGCCUGGACGCCAGAGGUCCGUGAAAGGGAAGAAAAGGAACGCCUAUCCCGGCACAGGGUCCUCCUCCGUGUGGUAACAGAAUUUUGGCUUGUUGGGCUGCUUCGGAGUUUAGACGAUGUGGAGAGACCAGAUGACUCUAUGCCAAAGUGCAAGGACUCAGUGCCAACUUUGGGUGGGAAGAGUGCUGAUGGAAGCUCUAAGCCUCGCCAGUCUGCGAAACCGAACCAGGACAGGGAUGAAGAACCGUUUCCCCUUGAAGUGUUAAAAGACUUGCUUGGCUAUGAUCGAGAACACGUCAAUUUGCCCUUGGCUCUACUAUUCGCUAGAACGUAUAGCUGGGAUAUAUUGGGAAUUAAGACACUCGAGGAGGGAAGAAAGACGGUAGAGACGAAUGGAACCACUACAGAUACCUCCAAGGAAGCACAGGGUGGUACGUCCGGGGAUGAAGCCGGUACAAACACAGCUCAACUCGAUGACCCUCUAGUCUCUGAGAAACUCCAAACGCGGUUUAAAAAUGUGUUAAACAGAUACCUUGAAGAUGUGAAAAAGCAUGUUAGUCGGGAUCAAAAGGCUCUUGCAAACCAGAGUCGCCGAAAUGCAGAGGCAUACGUGAAAAGCGGCGAGAUCCUCGAGGAUCGACAAUCUAAUUUCGAGAAACAAACAAAGGCACACGAGAAGUUGGUGUCCAAUACCCAAUCGCUAUGCGAGAUUUUGGGCGUCGAAAUGCCUGACUUGGCUGAAAAAGAUGCGUCUGAUGGCUCAAUGAGUGGCAGCAUAGGCCUUGUAAAGACUGGCGAAUACCUGCGUGGUCAAGGUGAAGGGGCUGGUAUUUGGGAAGACGAGGAAGAGAGGCGCUUCUACGAGAAUCUAGCGGAUUUCAAGGGAAAGGUCCCCGCCGUGCUCCUGGAAGAUGGAAAAAAGAAGAAAGGCGACGGAGACGACCAGUCUAAAGUGAAGGCUGAUCCGGAAGGACAAAAUGGAACUGCAGCCCUUGAAGGCACCAGCAAGCCAGAUUCACAAGCAGCUGAUUCCGGUGUGCGGGAAACAGAAGAGUCCGCUACCACUAUUGCCAACAAGUCCGUUGGAGCUCAAGUCGAUGCACUACUUUCUAAACUUCCUGAGUUGGCCAACAAGGAAGCUGUUGAUCAAUUAGCUCUGGAUUUUUGUUUCUUGAACUCGAAGGCCUCUCGAAACCGACUUAUCAAAGCUGUUCAAGAAGUGCCGAAGGGCCGUUCCGAUCUCUUACCCCUCUACGCUCGCCUUGUUGCUACUCUAGGCCAGUAUCUUCCUGAUGUGCCUCAGGGCCUAAUCACGUAUCUGGAUGACGAAUUCCGCAGCCUUCAACGCCGCAAGCAAAAAGAAUUUCUGGGUCAAGUUCGUACAAGCAAUAUCAGAUACCUGGCUGAGCUCACUAAAUUCGGCGUUGUUCCCGAACACGUUAUAUUCCAUUGCUUCAAAGUCAGCCUAGACGAAUUUUCUCGUAUGAACAUCGAGAUCAUCGGAAAUUUGUUGGAAAACUGCGGCCGGUAUCUCCUCAGAAACCCCGAGACAGCUCCCCGAAUGGCAUCGUUCUUAGAAACACUUGGACGAAAGAAAUCUGCCCAGCACCUUGGACAACAGGAACGAAUGAUCAUUGAAAAUGCCAUGUACUACGUCGACCCUCCACCGAGACCAGCCAUUCAGCAAAAGGAGCGUACGCCAAUGGAACUGCUAUUCGCAAGUUACACUGGGAGGAACCCGAGGCAAGUUGUCAACAUCCUCGAGCGUAUAUUCAGCAAACCAGGAAAAAUCAAGUACGGAAAUAUUCAUCUCCUUGCAAUCAUCAUCAGCGCACUAUAUCGCUACCACCAGUCCUUUGUGAUUGGUGUUAUCGACAAUGUUCUCGAGAGAAUCACCAUCGGUCUAGAGAACAACGAUUUCAAAUUCAACCAGUCACGAAUUUCGGAGGUCAAGUAUUUGGGAGAACUCUAUAAUUACAAGAUGGUUGACUCGCCAGUGAUCUUCGAUACCCUCUACCGUAUUGUUACUUAUGGACAUGGUAAGCUGGUCAAGGCCCUACUAGAUUAUAAGUGCCCUUUAUACUUUGCUGAUGCGUGGAAUCAGAGGGAGGAACACCGUCUCCGGGAAAAAUAA